GCCCCUCAGACGCGCGUGAUCGCAGAACUGGAGAGUUACACCGUAACAAAACAAAAUAGAAACUUCAAAGGAUUCCGCGGCGAAACGGAUACAAACGAAGUAACGUCACACUCGGAGGGACCACCUGGGAGCGGAUACAGCCCGGGCUCCUCACGCGCCUUGCGAUUUGUAAGUUUGCGGGCGGAGUUGCGGUAGUUUGUGGGCUAACUGACCAGACAGACAGACAGGCGGACGGACAGACAGGCGGGCGGACGGACAGACAGGCGGGCGGACGGACAGACAGCCAGCCGGCCGGUCGCUGUGUGGACAUUCUCCGCGAUCAUGGCGCUGAAAGCGAGGGCGCUGUACGACUUCAACUCGGAGAACCCGGGGGAGAUCUCGGUGAGGGAAAACGAGAUUGUGACUUUGUACAGCGAGCAGGACAUUGAAGGCUGGUUCGAGGGGGCGAACAGCAAAGGGGAGAGGGGGCUCUUCCCCGCGUCCUACGUGGAGAUCCUGAGGAGCGACGCCGCCUCCUCCUCCUCCUCCUCCUCCGCGCUCAAUAACAACACCACCGCCACAUCUGGGGAGACUUACCAGGACUCCCGGUACGCCAAUAUCCCGACCGGAGGCUUCGACGCCUCGUAUAAACCCCAGAACAAAGUUGAGAACUUCUCUAAAACACCAACAGCAGCACCUGGAUUCUCCACUUUCUCCGCACCGGUGGUCCAACAACACCAACAACAGCACAUUUAUCAGCAGACCAGCCAAGGCAGUGAUGAUGACUGGGACGACGACUGGGACGACAGCUCCACUGUUGCAGAUGAACCGGGAACUCUGGGCGGUGGGUAUCAUGAUUUCGAUGGCAACGGGCCGUCCACUUACAGAGUGUCCACAUCCCCCAUGUCAAGAGGCGGUAACGCACAGCACGCAAAAAGUUCUGCCACCGUCAGUAGGAACCUGAACCGGUUUUCCACCUUUGUGAAGUCCGGAGGGGAAGCGUUUGUGCUGGGCGAAGCAUCUGGCUUUGUGAAGGAUGGGGAUAAGAUCUGUGUGGUGAUGGGUCAGUAUGGCCCAGAGUGGCAGGAGAACCCCUAUCCGUUUUCUUGUACAAUUGACGACCCCACCAAACAGACCAAGUUCAAAGGAAUGAAAAGCUACAUCUCCUACAAGCUGACACCCACCCACACGCAGAACCAGGUGAACAGGCGGUAUAAGCACUUUGACUGGCUUUAUGCCCGGCUGGUGGAGAAAUUCCCAGUGAUCUCGGUGCCCCACAUCCCCGAAAAGCAGGCCACGGGGCGCUUUGAGGAGGACUUCAUUUCCAAGAGGAGGAAGGGUCUCAUAUGGUGGAUGAACCACAUGACCAGCCACCCCGUCCUAGCCAGGUGCGAUGUGUUCCAGCACUUCCUCACCUGCAGCAGUACGGAUGAGAAAGCCUGGAAGCAGGGCAAGAGGAAGGCUGAGAAGGACGAGAUGGUGGGGGCCAACUUCUUCCUCACCAUCAGCACCCUGGCCGCCCCGCUCGACCUCCAGGAGGUGGAGAGCAAAAUAGACGGCUUCAAGGCCUUCACCAAGCGAAUGGACGAUGGCACCCUGCAGCUCAACGCCACCAUUAACGAGUUCGCCCGCAAGCAGAUCAGCGGCUUUAAGAAGGAGUACCAGAAAGUGGGGCAGUCUUUCAAGGUCCUGAGCCAGGCCUUCGAAAUGGACCAGCAGGCAUACUCUGCUGGGCUCAACCAAGCCAUCUCCUUCACCGGGGAGGCCUAUGAGGCCAUUGGUGACUAUUUUGCCGAGCAGCCCAGCAAGGACCUCGACCCAAUCAUGGAUUUGUUGGUGCUCUACCAGGGCCACCUAGCAAACUAUCCUGAUAUCAUCCACGUCCAGAAAGGUGCUCUGACCAAGGUGAAGGAGAGUCAGAAACACGUGGAAGAGGGUAAGAUGGACGGGCCGCAGGCAGAGGGUAUCAACGAGCGCUGCAACAUCAUCUCCUUCGCCACGCUGGCCGAGAUCCAGCACUUCCAUCAGAUCCGCGUGCGGGACUUUAAGGCCCAGAUGCAGCACUACCUGCAGCAGCAAAUCGGCUUCUUCCAGAAGAUCACGGGCAAGCUGGAGGAGGCCCUGCAGAAAUACGACAACGCUUAAUGGUUUUGCCGAGACGGGGCCGCCCCAUUCUGUCGGAUUGGAUUUCAGCGACCGUUUGCCGCAGACGUCCCUCGGCCAGUCGAUGGAGAUUUGGCAGACAAAAUUCAGAGCGCCAAACUGCUGCUGGACGCUGCUCUCCUACCGGGGAAGAUAACACUUGGAUGAUGAUGAUGUUGAUAUUUUAACCAAAAUCCAGGGUUUUGCGUUUAGUGGCUAGCUUGAGGUCUGGGUGUGCUAGGGAUUAAGAGGCAAAAUCCUUGUUCUGGAAGUUCAGACAACUUUAAAUACUACCCGCAAAGAAAUGAAAGAGUGAUUGUUGAAAGACACCGUGCACCGCUUGGUCAGGCCGGCAGCUUCCCCGAGCUGCGUUCACCGUUGUGACGCUGAGAGAAAAUGAUGUAUCACACUGCUGCUUCUACUUCCAAUGUGGGCUGUCGUAGAGGGUCUGGUGUUUUUAACCCUUAUCACGCUUUUUUGACUGUUUGACCUUUGUUUUAAACAGACUUUAUGUGACUUCCGCCAAGGACACGCCCCACUUGACUCUUUGUCUGGUGACUUAAUCCACUGCCAUCUGGAAACACUCCAGUCCUACAGAGCUGCUCUCUCUCUGCAGACCUGCAGGUCCAACAUGUUUACAGUCCACCAAGAUGAACAGACGCCAUCACCACUGUCUUACUGUGUGCCUCUGGGUGUUGUCUUUCCAGUCACUUUUUGUUAUUAGCUGCAAAAAAACUCUCUCUCUAUAUAUAUAUAUAUGUGUGUGUGUGUGUGUGUAUGUGUGUGUGUGUGUGUAUAUAUAUAUAUAUAUACACACAUACAUAUAUAUAUAGUAUAUAUAUAUGGGGCGGCACGGUGGUGCAGUGGUUAGCAUGGUCGCCUCACAGCAAGAAGGUCCUGGGUUCGAGCCCCGGGGUAGUCCAACCUUGGAGGUCGUCCCAGGUCGUCCUCCGUGUGGAGUUUGCAUGUUCUCCCGUGUCUGUGUGGGUUUCCUCCGGGUUCUCCGGUUUCCUCCCGCAGUCCAAAGACAUGUAGGUCAGGUGGAUCGGCUGUACUAAAUUGUCCCUAGGGGUGAAUAUGUGUGUGUGUGUGUGUGUAUAUAUGUAUCAGCCCUGUGUGAUGGCCUGGCGGCCUGUCCCGGGUGUCUCCCCGCCUGCCGCCCAGUGACUGCUGGGAUAGGCUCCAGCAUCCCCGCGACCCUGAGAGCAGGACAAGUGGUUUGGAUAAUGGAUGGAUGGAUGGAUAAAUGUAGAAAUAUAUUCGCCGAUUUGUUUUCAACAUACACAUUUUGCAGUCUUUUAAACAAGUUUGACCUGCGUUGGACGAGAGCGUUGUCUGUGUGGACUGCUCUUUGGA